UUGUUUUCAAUUGUUUGAAAAUCAUCAACAUUGAUAAAGUUAAUUUUAAUUAUUGGUGAUCGAGUUUUUGUCAUUCGAUACGUCGAUUUGUUUGAAAUGGCGGAUUACAGUGAAAAAUGUGCAGGUGACUGUUCAUUCGAUUACAGCGAGGAUAAACAAAAAGGCGUGUGUCUAAUUAAAAAAGAGUAUAUCCUUGAUGACCAUAUCAGAUUUCUAAGCGAAGUGUGUCUCACAAAGAGCAAUAAGGAGAAAGUUUUGACCAAUGCAAUCAACUCAGGCGAAGAUACAUCUAUAUUGGAUGGACCACCAUGUAAAAAGUUUAAAUCUGACAAUAAAAAAGAAAAACUCAGAGGUCAGAAUAAAGCUAGGCCAGCUCCAUUUAAGGCACAGCGUGAGUUGAACCUUUGUCCAUGGAUAGCUGAUCAAGCAGUGGACGAACCUGAUAAGAAAUGUAACAAUAAAAGUUGUACAUUUCUGCACAACAGAAUUGAAUAUUUAAAAAUAAAACCGAAUGACAUUGGAACGGAAUGUUAUCUUUUUAAUUUAACUGGAAAAUGUCCUAGAGGUGCUGCCUGUAGAAUGGGCUCUAAACAUUUGACAGAAGAUGGUUUAAAUAUUGUUGACAAGGAAAAAGAAGAGGAGUUUAAGAAGAAACCACCUUCUACCAGAAACCAUCUAACAAAAAAUUUACAAAUUGAAUUAAGAAAGUAUAAGUACAACUUUAUCAAAGCUGAAAAAAUUGUCAAGGCAAAUGAACCAUCCAGAAAGAAGCUAGGCACAGAAACUGUUAAACAAACUGAACAAAAUUUGGAUGCAGUGAAACUGGAAAUAAAAAACGGUUCCACUUUGGAUACCUUUGUCCCUGAAUCUAAUAAUGAAAUAUCUGAAACACGUAAUACAGAACAAUCGCUGAAUGUAGAAAAAUCUGAGAUAAAAAACGGAUCUGCUUUGGACAUUUCUAUUUCCAAAUCUACUAACAAAACAUAUAAAAUGCAUACUACAGAACAAAAAAUCGGGCCGGUUGAAGAUUACGAUAUAAUAAAAUGUAGAAAUGCGGAAAAAAAGAAGAUAGAUUGGAGAAAUAAAAUAUUACUUAGUUCUCUGACGACGGUAGGCAAUUUACCUUUUAGAAGAAUUUGCAAAGAGUAUGGCGCCGAUAUAACGUGCGGAGAAAUGGCUCUCGCACCAAGGAUAUUGAAGGGAGCUCAAGAAGAGUGGGCACUCGUGAAAAGGCAUGAAUCAGAGAACAUCUUUGGUGUACAAUUAUGUGGUAAUAAUCCCGGAGUAUUGACAAGGUGUACACAAUUGUUAUCCGAAGAGAUUGAUGUUGAUUUCAUUGACUUGAACCUGGGUUGCCCUAUAGAUUUAAUUUAUAGACAGGGAGGCGGCAGUGGUAUGCUUAAUCGUUUAAAUGUCCUAGAAACUGUUGUAAAAUCUGUUAGUCAAGUCAUGAAUAUACCUUUAACUGUAAAAACUAGGACGGGAGUUUACAUAGAUAAACCUGUUGCGCAUAAUCUAAUGCCAAAGUUCCAUGAAUGGGGUGUGUCCAUGAUUACUGUACAUGGACGAUCUCGAGAACAAAGAUAUACAAAGCUGGCCGACUGGGAUUACAUAGAAAAAUGUGCAAAAGCGGCACAACCCACACCAGUAUUUGGAAACGGCGAUAUUUUAUCGUUCGAUGACUAUCAGAGGGUUCAAGACGCUUACACUAAUGUCUAUGGUAUUACCAUAGGUCGUGGUGCGUUGAUUAAACCGUGGAUAUUCACGGAAAUAAAAGAAAAAAAAUUAAUGGACGUACCGAGCACAGAACGAUUCAAUAUGCUAAAGAAAUAUGCUAAUUAUGGGCUUGAACACUGGGGUUCGGAUACUCGCGGCGUCGAAACAACGAGAAGAUUUAUGUUGGAAUGGAUAUCCUUUUUACAUAGAUAUAUUCCUAUUGGUAUUUUGGAGAGACCCCCGCAAAGAAUUAACGAAAGACCUCCAUUUUAUCGAGGUCGCGACGACAUGGAAACUCUUAUGGCCAGUUCAAAUUGUGCUGACUGGAUUAAAUUAUCAGAAAUGUUGCUAGGAAAAGUGCCUGAGGGAUUCCACUUUUUACCAAAACACAAGGCGAAUUCAUGGAAAUAACCAAGGUCGAUAGUGUACAGCGAAUUAUCACAAAAACAGAAUACUUUUAUAUUACAAUCUUUUGAAAUAAACA